UGGCUUCCGGCGGCCCCGGGAGGCGCGAUGCUGGUGGCGGCGGCCGCCGAGCGGAACAAGGAGCCCAUCCUGCGCGUGCUGCGGCAGUUUGUGGACCCGGCGCGGCGCGGCGUGCGCGUGCUCGAGGUGGCGUCGGGCUCCGGACAGCAUACCGUCCACUUCGCGCGGGCCUUCCCCCGCGCCGAGUGGCAGCCGUCCGACGUGGACCAGCGCUGCCUGGACAGCAUCGCGGCCACUACCCAGGCCCAGGGGCUGUCCAACGUAAAGACCCCGCUGUACUUGGAUGUGACCUGGGGCUGGGAGCAAUGGGGCGGUAUCCUGCCGCAGUCGCUGGACCUGCUGCUGUGCAUCAACAUGAUCCACAUCAGCCCCCUGAACUGCACCGAGGGGCUCUUCAGAGCAGCAGGACACCUGCUCAAGCCCAAGGCCGUGCUCAUUACGUAUGGGCCCUAUGCUGUCAACGGGAAGAUCUCUCCCCAGAGUAAUGUGGACUUUGACCUGAGCCUCAGAUGCAGGAACCCAGAAUGGGGGCUGCGGGACACAGCCCUCCUGGAGGAGCUGGGCCAGGCCAAUGGCCUGUUCCUGGAGAGGAUGGUGGACAUGCCCGCCAACAACAAGUGCCUGGUUUUCCGAAAAGAGUAACCGCGCUCCUCCCACACACCUGUGUCCCUCUUUGAGGCCCCUACAAACCUAGACCACCAGACCUCCCUGGGCUGGGCCAUGGGAACUGGCCUGGUCCAGUCUGGGAGCUCGCGGCUGCUGGCCGCAGGGCUGCCGAGAGCCUGGGAAUAAUAAAGGUCCCUGCUGCCCCA